AUGUUAGCAAAUUCUUCGACUUCCAGUGCAGUAGUGGCGGUCGGAGUUAUCCAACUAUUGCUUAUCAUAGUCUUCUACCGUCUCUAUUGGCAUCCGCUAUCCAGUUUUCCGGGACCUAAAAGUUGGGCAAUCUCACGAAUACCUUACUCGAAUCUACUACAAAAGGGUACACUAGCACACAAGAUCAAGGAGCUUCACGAGAUUUAUGGACAAGUCGUUCGGAUAGCUCCCAACGAGCUCUCCUUCACCAGUCCUAAAGCUUGGCGCGAUAUCUACGGCCAUCACCAAGGCCGCCCUAAUUUCCCAAAGAACCGACUAUGGAUGGCGACUGGACCUGAUGGAAUUGACUCGAUACUUAGCGCAAACGAUGCAGAUCACUCGAGGUAUAGGCGCUUAUUGAGUCACGCUUUCAGUGAACGCGCCCUGAAGUCGCAAGAGCACCUGCUACUGCGAUAUGUCGACUUAUUGGUUACACGUCUUAAGGUCCAAUUGAGGGACUCGGGUCGAGAUGUAGUCACUGCAGACUUGACAAAGUGGUUCGAAUACACUGUCGUCGACAUAGUUGGGGAUCUUGCCUUCGGAGAGUCUUUUCAUUGCCUGGAGACGUCCCGUCUGCAUACUUGGGUGUCCACAAUUUUUACUCAUUUUAAAUUUCUCGCAAUCGUGAAAUCAAUUCAAUUCUUUCCAGGCGUUGAAAUCGUCGUCCGCAGUUUCUUAGCGAGAUCACUCGCAAAGAAACGCGAGGAGCAGAUGUCCAUCGCAAAUGGUAAAAUCCAGAGACGCAUCGACGACGGAAUCGACUCCCAACGAAAUGACUUCAUGACAUAUGUCCAACGCUACAACGACGACCGAAGCAUGUCCGUUCCGGAAAUUAAAUCCACUUUCCGCGUGCUGGUCGUUGCUGGCAGUGAAACGACCGCAACCACUUUGGCAGCGAUAAUGAAUUUUCUCCUCCAGUUUCCAGAUGUUAACAAAAUCUUGGUCAAGGAAAUCCGCGAAUCAUUCAAGUACUCGACUGAUAUUACUUCUGACCGAGUCAACGGCCUCUCUUAUCUCACCGCCGUUGUCGAGGAAGGUCUUCGAAUGGGAGCGACAGUCCCAUUGGGGAUGCCCCGUGUCGUCCCAGAAGGAGGUGCAUAUGUAGAUGGAUACUGGCUUCCAGCAGGGACCUUCGUCAGUGCACCGCAAUUCGCAUCAAAUUAUUCGAGGCAUAAUUGGCAAAAGCCAGACACGUUCAUUCCGGAGCGGUUUCUGGGCGAGGAAUUGAGGUAUUCCAAGAAUGAGUCACCCAACAAGGAAGACCCAGGAAAAGAUGCCCUGAAUGCGUUCUCGUUGGGUCCACGUAAUUGCAUAGGCAGGAACCUGGCAUACUUGGAGAUGCGCUUGAUCUUGGCCAAGUUGCUUUGGGAGUUUGAUUUCUCCUGGAAUGGUGAGCCUUGGGGAUGGAGUGAGCAGAAGACAUGGAUUUUAUGGGAUAAGAGAGCCUUGAUGGUGAAUGUCAGGCUUCGCGGAUCUUAA